AACCAUCACUCACACACCCCCGCCCCGCACCGCACCGCCGCUAUCCACAUCCCCGCGAAUCAACGAAUCAACGAAUCAACGAAUCGAUAAAUCAACGAAGCGAGCAAUCAACGAAUUGAUCAAAUCGAGAAGAACCGCGAGCUGCAAGCAGCAAUCAUGGCGCCCCACAGUAAUUACGAGGAGGAUGGCGACCUCGAGGAGGAGAUCGAUUUCUCUGAUCUCAAGGAGCAGUACGAAGUCCGUCUCGACGAGGGCCUCGACACGUUCGUGGUCGUCGACGGAUGUCCCAGCGUCACCGAGGAGAACAAGCCCAAGCUCGUCAAGUUCCUGUGCAAGAAGUUGAGCGACGUCGGAAAGGUCAAGCCCGAUAGCGUGUUUAUGCCCAUCGAUGAGGCGACCGGGCAGACUGAAGGGUAUGCGUUCGUCGAGUACGAGACCCCCGAACAGGCGCAGGCGGCGUGCAAGAAGCUCAACGGCAUGGCGCUCGACAAGAAACACACCAUCUACAUCAACAAGCUCACGGACAUCGAGCACUUUGGGCGCGAGGGCCGGGUCAAAGAGGAGUACGAGGAGCCGCCGAUCGAGCCGUUCGUCGAGCAGGAGCACCUGCGUUCGUGGCUGUCCGAGCCGAACGCGAGGGACCAGAUGAUCAUGUUCCGGGGCGAGAGCGUCGGUGUGUUCCUCAACAGGAAGAAGGAUGCUCCCGAACAGGUGGUGGAUCGCGUGCACUGGACCGAGAGCUUUGUGCAGUGGUCCCCCAUGGGAACGUACUUGACGUCGAUCCAUGCCCAGGGUGUGCAGCUGUGGGGUGGUGCGAGCUGGAAGAGGAUCAGGAGGUUCGCGCAUCCGUUUGUGAACCUUGUCGAUUACUCGCCCAACGAGAGGUAUCUCGUCACCUGGAGCAACAAGCCGAUCGUUAUCCCCGAUGUCAUCCCGCCCAACUUCCCGUUGUCGGUCGAUGAGGAUGGAAAGAACUUCAUCAUCUGGGAUAUCAAGACUGGAAACGUCGUCCGUUCGUUCGCCAGCAUCGACACCCCCGAGUCCGCCGACAAGGGACGCAAGAAGAUCUCGUGGCCCAGCUUCAAAUGGUCGUCCGACGACAAGUACGUUGCGCGUGUCGUGCCCGGCCAGUCCGUCCAGGUAUACCAGACUCCGGAGAUGACGCUGCUCGACAAGAAAUCCAUCAAGAUUGAGGGUGUCGUCGACUUUGAGUGGCAGCCGGCCGUUCCCGUCGCCGGAAAGGGCAAGCCCCAGGCCGAGCAGCUCUUCUGCUACUGGACUCCCGAGAUGAACAACCAGACCGCCAGGGCUGGUCUCAUGAGCAUCCCUAGCAGGGAGAUCGUGCGGACACGGAAUUUGGUCAACGUCUCGGACUGCAAGCUUCACUGGCAGAGCGAGGGUAAAUACCUUUGCGUCAAGGUCGACCGUCACACCAAGACCAAGAAGUCCAACUACACUUCGCUCGAGUUCUUCCGUGUCACCGAGAAGAACAUCCCCGUCGAGAUCGUUGAGCUGAAGCAGGUCGUCGUCAACUUCUCGUGGGAGCCCAAGGGUGACCGCUUCGUGUUCAUCACCACUGACGAGGCCGUCGCCGGCGCCAUCGUCGCACCCAAGACCAAUGUCCACUUCUACGCACCCGAGAAGAUCAAGAAUGGUGUCGGCGAGUGGAUGUGCGCCAAGACGGUUGAGAAGAAGAACUCGAACGCCAUCUACUGGGCACCCAAGGGCCGAAUCGUGGUCAUCGCCACCGUGCACUCGCAGCAGAGCUUCGAGCUCGAGUUCUGGGAUAUGGACUUUGAGGGUGAGAAGCAGAAGCAGGAGAAGGUUCCCGCGAACAAAGAGCUGGCCUGCAACAUCAUGCUCAUGUCGACCGCUGAGCACUACGGUGUUACCGACGUCGAGUGGGAUCCCACUGGACGGUACGUGGCUACUAGUGCUAGUGCAUGGAAGCACCAGAUGGAGAACGGCUACCACCUCUACGACUUCAAGGGAGCCCUCCUCCGCGAGGAGCACAUAGAGCGCUUCAACCAGUUCCUGUGGCGUCCCCGCCCGCCGACCAUGCUCAGCAAGGAGGAGCAAAAGACGAUCCGCAAGAACCUGCGCGAGUACUCCCGGCAGUUCGACGAGGAGGACGAGUUCGAGCGCGACACGGCGACCAAGGAGGUGGUCGAGGCGCGCAAGAGGCUGCUCAACGAGUGGAUCGCGUGGCGCGAGCGCGUCGAGAAGGAGCUCGAGCGCGAGCGCGCAGAGGUCGGAUGGACCCCGCCCGUCAAGGAUACCGACGAGGAGGACGCUGUCGUCGAGGAAAUUGUCGAGGAGGUCAUUGCCGAGACAGAGGAGGAGAUCCAAUAGAUGUUUUUUCUUUUUCGUUCUUGACGAUGUGCACGAUGUGGGAUAAAAAUUUGUGUAUUUUUGAGUUCUGGUUUCUUUGUUUCUGGGGGGAUUUGGGAGGAUUGGGGUGAAUCGAUGGUGUUUGUUUACAGCUUAAUGAGUGGUUCGACCUGGUGCUUUGUGCUCUUUGAUUGGACUUUGCUUGAUAUGGACUCAAUUCAUCUGGACGGAUGGACGUUGCUUGACACAAACCCAACCCAACCCACCUAGACGGAUGGACAUUUCCUUGCAACUUUCCCAUCUCCAUCUGAUGUUUGUUUACAGAUUAAUGAGUGGUUCGACCUG